AUGUAUCACGAAUGUGUGAUCUUGUUCUCCACAGACAAAUCUUGUCCAGGAAGCGCCAGGAAGUCUAUCGAGCCGGAUCAAGUACAGGACAUUAUACUCCGCCUCGAUCAGAACAAGAAAUCUCUCAGAGAAGCUUUCCUCCUGCUUGACCGAGAUCGCGACGGGUUCAUAUCGUAUCGCGAUUGGAAGGAGGGCAUCCAGAAGCUGGACACGACAAGGCGAGUAGAAGCUGAGAACAUGUCAGGUCAAGCUCUCACGUUCAGAGAAUUUUCGAAGAUAGCGGACGACUGUAUCGACAAGUCGAAGUUCAGGCAGUGCGCUGCUCCUUUCCUCAACUGGAACCCCAGCCAGCAGUACCUCCGCAUGUGGGCACGGGAGAAGCCUCCUCGGCUAGAGGUACCAGCAGAGUCUACGCCGAGACGAGAAUUUAAUGUGCUGGAGGCGACUGAAAGCGUGGAGGGAGACGCGAGAGAGAAGAGGAGGGAGAGGAUAGUGAUGGAGUGGGAGCAGCGCUUUGACAGUGCGCGCAAGCAAGUGGCGGAGAAGAUGAGAGAGCGGGGUGAGAUGAAGCGUCUCACGGAGAUCGCCAAGGAGGAUGGGAUGGUUGCUCGCAUCAAAAGAGAGCAAGAAGCACAAGCGCGCUUCUUCAAGGAGUUCUGCAAUUCUAUCCCACCCAGCAUCACGAAGCCUUAUGCCCCAGAAAUCCACAUGCUUGAAUUCGCCAACGCCACAAGCCAGUGGUAUAAGGGGUUGGGAAACGCAGGAUCAAGCAGCAAGCAUAGGAUGAAGAUGCAGUGAAGGCUUUCGAUACAUGAUGAUUACUAUCAUCGCAAGUUAUCUUCCAAGUUGUUUGGCCAAAACCUCCUCUCGCGAAUUCAUCGAUAACAUGUAGUUCAGUUUUCCUCCUGAUUGAAAUACCUUAAGAUA